AUGUUCAUCAUGUACCACUGUACAUCGAUCAUUGUCCUUCUCAACAUGCUGAUCGCCAUGAUGAGCCACUCCUUCCAAACCAUCAACGAUCACGCUGAUCUGGAGUGGAAGUUUCACAGGACGAAACUGUGGAUGGCUCAUUUCGACGAAGGAUCCAGUCUCUCGCCUCCCUUUAAUAUCGUUAUCACUCCUAAGGUAGAUUUUUUGAUGCUGUAUAUAGGUCUGCGUGCUGAAGAACUCUCUUAA